AUGGUUGAUCAGACUCAGCACCCCACGAUUCUGCAGAAGGCUUCUGGCCAACUCAUGCGUUCAAGUGUAACUCAUGACAUUCAUGGAGCUUUCCAGAGGCCUGCUACAUUCCAGAGGCGUGCAUACGGGAACUACUCCAAUGCUGCGUUCCAGUACCCCCUUGCGUCCACAUCUCGGAUUAUGACAACAACUGCUUCUCCAGUGUUUGUCCAAGCUCCAGGAGAGAAGGGAUUCACCAGCUUUGCUAUUGAUUUCUUAAUGGGUGGUGUUUCUGCUGCUGUGUCAAAGACUGCUGCUGCUCCCAUCGAGCGUGUCAAGCUUUUGAUUCAAAACCAGGAUGAGAUGCUCAAGGCUGGCAGACUCUCUGAGCCCUACAAGGGUAUUGGUGACUGCUUCGGCAGGACGAUUAAGGAUGAGGGUUUCGGUUCUUUGUGGAGAGGAAACACUGCUAAUGUCAUCCGUUACUUCCCAACUCAGGCCUUGAACUUUGCAUUCAAAGAUUACUUCAAGAGGCUUUUCAACUUCAAGAAAGACAGGGAUGGCUACUGGAAGUGGUUUGCUGGUAACUUGGGAUCUGGAGGUGCUGCUGGUGCCUCUUCCCUUCUCUUUGUGUACUCUCUUGACUACGCACGUACCCGUCUUGCCAAUGACUCCAAGGCUGCCAAGAAGGGAGGUGAAAGGCAGUUCAAUGGUCUUGUUGAUGUCUACAAGAAGACCCUCAAGUCUGAUGGUAUUGCUGGACUUUACCGUGGAUUCAACAUCUCCUGUGUUGGUAUCAUUGUCUACCGUGGUCUCUACUUUGGACUGUACGACUCUUUGAAGCCUCUUCUCCCUGGUGACUUGCAGGACAGCUUCUUCGCUAGCUUUGCUCUUGGAUGGCUCAUCACCAAUGGUGCUGGUCUUGCUUCCUACCCAAUUGACACGGUUCGCAGAAGAAUGAUGAUGACAUCAGGUGAAYCCGUCAAGUACAAGAGUUCGUUGGAUGCGUUCCAACAGAUCCUGAAGAAGGAAGGACCCAAGUCUUUGUUCAAGGGUGCUGGCGCCAACAUCCUUCGUGCCAUUGCAGGUGCUGGUGUGCUUUCUGGUUAUGACAAGCUGCAGUUACUUCUUCUCGGAAAGAAGUACGGAUCUGGAUCUGGAUGA